GCGGCUGCGCCCUGGCCCCAGGACGCGGCGAUGGCAGCUGCGGUGGUGGCGGCCCCCGAGAUCCUUCGGGAAUGCGGCUGCAAGGGGAUCCGGACCUGUCUGAUCUGUGAGCGGCAGCGCGGAGGUGACGCGCCCUGGCAGCAUCCACCGCAGAAAACACACCGUUUCAUUUACUACUCUGACACUGGCUGGGCCGUGGGAGCCGAGGAGUCUGACUUCGAGGGCUGGGCCUUCCCCUUCCCGGGUGUGACGCUGAUAGAGGACUUCGUGAGCCAGGAAGAAGAGGCAGAGAUGGUGCAGCUGAUGGACCGGGAGCCCUGGAAGCCCUCACAGUCAGGACGGAGGAAGCAGGACUACGGCCCCAAAGUCAACUUUCGGAAGCAGAAGCUCAAGACCGCUGGCUUCAGAGGCCUCCCCAGCUUCAGCCGGGAGGUGGUGCGGAGGAUGGGCCUCUACCCCCUCCUGGAGGACUUCCGGCCCGUGGAGCAGUGUAACCUGGACUACUGCCCGGAGCGCGGCUCGGCCAUCGACCCCCACCUGGACGACGCCUGGCUUUGGGGGGAGCGGCUGGUGAGCCUCAACCUCCUGUCCCCAACCGUGCUGUCCAUGUCCCGGGAGGCGCCCGGCAGCCUGCUGCUCUGCCUGGCCCCGUCGGGCUUCCCGGAGGCCUUGGUGGAAGGUGUGAUGGCUCCCAGCAGGUCCGUCCUGUGCCAGGAGGUGGAGGUGGCCGUGCCCUUACCCCGCCGCUCUCUGCUCGUGCUCACGGGGGCUGCGCGCCACCAAUGGAAGCACGCCAUCCACCGCAGACACAUCGAGGCCCGCCGCGUGUGCGCUACCUUCAGGGAGCUGUCGGCCGAGUUCUCUCCUGGCGGGAAGCAGCAAGAACUGGGGCAGGAGCUCCGGCAAGUUUCUCUCUCCUUUCAAGGGAGGCCCAUGUGAGCCGCCUCCUGGGGACAGGAGCUGGUGCUGGGCCUGGCUGGGGCCACGGGCUCCAGAGUCGAUGAUGCGCCAGGACUGAAGGGGGGAAGCCCAGCACAAGGGUCUUUCUUCCCAGCCCGUUAGGUUUGAAGAGGAGACUGCGCGACACCCUGGGGCCGUGGUAGGGGGAGCCCUGGUCGGGAGUGGGUUUUGGUGGGAAUGUGUCUCAGGUCUGUCCCCUUUGACCUGCACCGUGCCGACUUGUUUGGGUUACUUAAUUUGCCACAGUUUGAGGGCAGUGGUGUAAUUUGAGCUUAAAAAUGUUGGUACCACUUGAAACCACUUUCCCCUUUCUCCAUCUCUCUAGUGAGGUUUCCCGAAGUCCACCUGCGGUCCCGUCACUUGGGCAGUGUGUUGGACUGGAGAACGGAAUUGGUAGAUUUGAGGUUUUUAUUAUUUCACACUUCAGAGCUGGUGAUAGCUUCUGAGUCAGGCUCUGUCUGGGUCAUGCUUGACCCCUGGGGUGUGGAAUGCAUGAGGACAGGGAACUCUCCUGAGAGUCGGGCAUCCCCCCACCCCCGGCCCCAGUGCUCUUAAAAAGUAGGGGGAAAACGUCUCUUCAGCUCCCAGGACAACACAAGGUGGUUCACUUUGUCUGGAUGGGUGGCUGUCCCAGAGCACCUGCGGCCAAGAGAGGAGCAGGUUGUGGAGGCUGAGGGCAAUAGCGGUGGGCCCUGGGCCUGCGUGACCAGCCCUCUCUCCUGCUGCUUAUAUGACAAAAUACACUCAGCUCACCUGCCACAUGCUGGGAGCCAAACUCGAGGGACCAGGGCCCCAUCACAGCCUAGAAAGGUUCAUGGCCAGCACUGGUCUUCACAGUCAUUCUGGAAUUUUCUUAGAGCUGUCAGGGUAGGGGGAAGCCGCUGGCCGCUGUGCACUAUCUGCAAAGUGGCAUCACAGCUGCUGAGCCACUGGCUUGGAUUGGAGAACCCUGCAGAGACCUAGUGGAGAGGCUGCUUGGGCUUCUCGUGGCUGAGUGAGCCCAGCUGCCGGCGGGGCGGGACGGUGGGCUCCCAGACGCUUUGACACCCCUCCCUGGGUCAGCUCGCUCGGAGCAGGAGAGUGGAAGACUGCUUGUUCCCAGGUACUGUGACCUCCACGCAAGCCCGCACAGACCCAACUCCAGGUCCCUCACUGGGCAUUCAGCUGCAAGCCUGAGUGGAGUGCCAGCUGAUCCUGCUGCAUCUGAGCAGCCGGGCAGGCCUGCAGGCACGGUGGUCUGCUCCACAGGGGCUGGUGGAGAGCCUCUGCCCGACAGGCUGAGCCUGGGAGCAGCCCGCCCCCCUGGGUGGAGCCUGGAAGAUGCUCUGCCAACAAAGGGCUCCAUGGGGAACGCUGCACACCCAGACUUGUCAGGGAGAGGCGUGUUAAGGCUGGGGGCCACUCAGCAAAGCAGCCCAUUACCCCUGGAAUCACCAGUGCUACGAGCACUUGACAGUGGACCCUUCCACUGCAGGGUACACCUCAGGACACGCUCCUUCACGUCACGGUCAAGGUGGUGUCCCUGACUCGGGUUUGUCCUUGAAGCUACUACACGAAGGCCAUCGGGCUGCCUGUGCCGCUGUCUCCCCCAAGCAUCCACUGCUCAUGCCACCUGCUGGGAUGGCGCCCGCUCCUGGGUCCCACAGCCUGAGGGGUGCAACGUCUGUUUAACCCCGUAUUCUGGGUGGCCGUUCCUGCAUUCAGCGCACUGACCUCAAGCACCAGGUGUAUGUUGUGCGGACUGUUUUGUCUGUUCUGUGUUCUUGCAGUCUCAGACUAGGAGACAGCCUGAGUCCAUGGGGAUAUGCUAAUACGGAAGCAUCCUCUUCCAGACUGAGUUGUGGGGAGCUCUGCUGACAUUCCUCAGUCCUCCUGGGCUACAGAGGCAGUCUGCCCCCUGGAUUGGCAGAACUUUUCUAUGCAGUGGUGCCAGCUGCUUUGCACACCUGAUUCCUAGGAGCCCUGGGCCAGAAAGUUAAAAAUAAUAAUAAAGGACAUGGGGCCGGCCCCGGGGGCGCAAGCGGUUAAGUGUGUGCGCUCCGCUGCAGUGGCCUGGGGUUCGCAGUUCGGAUCCUGGGCAUGCACCGACGCACUGCUUGGCAAGCCAUGCUGUGGCAGUGUCCCAUAUAAAGUGGAGGAAGGUGGGCACGGAUGUUAGCCUAGGGCCAGUCUUCUUCAGCAAAAAAAAAAAAAAAAAAAAAAAGGAUUGGCAGAUGUUAGCACAGGGCUGAUCUCCUCACACACACACAAAAAUAAUAAUAAUAAUAAAGGACAAAUUCUUCUCUAGAAGGGGGCCUCUACCUCUACCAAUGUCUGGAAGCUUCCUAAUGAGCAGUCACCAGGCUGUGGGAGGGAUCUGCCCAUUUCUGCUGCCUGGCUAGACCCCAGCCCUGGCCCCAGUGCCACAGGUCCCUGGCGGGGAGAAGGCCCCACGAAACCAGAGCUACGGAGGCUCCUGGAGGCCUGGGGGCCUUCAGGUCAUCCUGUCCAGAGGGUCUCUGGUGGUGCUCACCCCACACAUGGGGCUGCCCCUUGUUGUGUUUCUGGAAUGGGAGAGCCUCACUUGGGAAGGGAAGCAGCAGGCAGAGGCGCUCAUUUCCAUCACGGCUCCACCUGGUGGGAGCCUCGCAGGGUGUCUGGGUCCGAGCGCCCUGCCUGUCCUUUCCAGCGUCCACCCACCUCACAUGGGAAGCCUGUUAGGACAGUGUUAGGACACUGGCUGGUGCCAGCAAUUAGGAGGAGGCAGGAGGGCUUCAGGAGAAGUGGGCUGUCACCCAGGACACAACAGACACCAGGAAAGAACUGGGGCUUCUGAGGGUCACCUCUAUGGCUUUCCACCAGGAGCAGAAGCACGUUUCAUAGCUUUACUGGUUUAUUCAACCCAGGGCAACUGUUUUAAAAAUCAAUACACAGGAUGGGGGUAUGUGCACCCUAUGCGACGUACACAAUGUCAUGCAUGAUCCGUCAGUCAGCACAGGACAGGUCAGGAUGCAGACGAACGCGAUCCACUCAGGCCUACGCGGUUUUGUCCUCAACAGACCUUCCUAGAAGACACUAAGAUACAUUCUGCCUUCACAGUUUCUAAAAUAGAAACACGAGUUUUGAACCUUCUGGUCAGGUACUGAAUGGAGCUGGUGUUCCACUUUGGAAAGGGCUCAGAGCGUCUGCGCUGUCUGUUCUAUGAGCACCAGGAGGCUCUGCACAGAGGGAAACAGGGCAAGCCUGAGCAGGCCCUGGGGCAGCCCGCGGCACUGCUCACCACGGAGAGGAGGCCACUAUCCCUGGAAUACUUCACCAUCAGGUGAAACCUCCAGAAACCGAACUUCUAGCCUGUGACUGGCUUUCCCCCUUCCCCAAACCACCCUACUGAGUUGUUUCUGCAGCUCCAAAUGGCAGCUUAU